AUGACGGCGAAAAAUCAAGAAGCUUCCAUCAAGAACAUGGAAAGACAAAUAGGCCAGCUCUCUAAACACUUUGCAACAGAGAGGCCAUCAAGUUCCCUGCCAAGUGACACAAUUCCAAAUCCUAAGGAAGAGUGUAAGGCGAUACAGUUAAGGAGUGGGAGAACAUUGGUGAGCAACAAUGACACUACAAGGAAACAAGUGGAGAGCAGCAAAAAGCCAACAGAUGCAGAGGAAGCCAAUAAUCAGGAUAUGGUGCCAAACAAGAACACAGAGAACCCCAAAGGAGAAGAAGACCAGCCAAUCAAUACACAUAAGGAAGAAGAAGAAGCGAUUCAAGGACAACAGAAAAAGGAGAAGAACCUCACCCCUCCACUGCCAUAUCCACAGAGGUUCAACAAAGAAACCAAAGAUCAACACUUCCGCAAAUUCCUGGAAAUUUUCAAGAAGCUGGAAAUCAACAUUCCCCUAGCUGAGGCAUUGGAACAGAUGCCCUUAUAUGCCAAUGCAGUACUUCAAAAAGGGAUCCCACCAAAGCUCAAAGAUCCAGGGAGUUUUGUAGUUGCCUGCACCAUAGGCAAAAUGACACUAGACAAGGCCCUUUGUGAUCUUGGAGCUAGUAUCAACCUGAUGCCCUUGUCUAUGAUGAGGAAGCUUGCUAUAGAAGAAUUCAAACCCACCAGGAUGUCACUAGUCAUGGCCGACAGAUCAAUCAAGACACCCAACAGAAUUGUGGAAAAUCUAAUAGUAAAGGUUGGGGAGUUUAUUUUUCCUGCAGACUUUGUAAUUUUGGACACCGAAGAGGAAGGAAACAACUCAAUCAUCUUGGGAAGGCCAUUUUUAGCAACCGCAAGAGCUAUAAUUGAUGUGGAAAAAGGGGAAAUGAUCUUCAGAGUACACAAUGAGCAAAUGGUCAUAAAUGUCUUCAAGUCAAUGCAGCACCCCCCUGAACAAGAAGACUACUUAAGGGUGGACAUGAUAGAAAACUUGGUAGAAGAAAUGUUGGAAGCCAACCAUCAUGAACAAGGAGAGGAAAGUGGUCAAGAGACAACAAAUGAACAGGCAGCUGAGAUUUCUACUGACCAAAAGGCAAAGCCAGACAAGAAAGAAGAAGUGCAAAAAUAA